AUGAUGAAGAAUAAAACUAUAAAACAGGAGGAAGAAGGCUCUACCCAAAGCAAUGCAUCAAGCAAUUCUGCUUCAGAGGAGUCCAACCACUCGGCCUCUGAGUCCGGGAGCCAAUCGGAGAGCGAGCAGGGCCGUGGGAGGGUGCGGCCCCACCACUCCGAGUCCAACAGCACCUCGGACUCAGAGAGCCGGUCAGAGUCAGGCAGCGAGUCAGCCGGCUCAAAGUCCCAGCAUGCCUCAGUGGAGGUGAAGGAUAAGCCAGUCAGGAAGAAGGAUAAGCUGGCUGAUGUAAAAAAGAUGUGGGAGGAGCACCCGGAUGUUUACGGCGUCAGACGGUCGAACCGCAGCCGUCAGGAGCCGGCUCGGCUGAAUAUCGGAGCAGAGGGCAGCAGCGAUUCGGAAAGCGAAAGUCCCAAGCGGAAAGGACUCCGGCAGAAGAAGAGAGAAAAUACCUGGAAAGAUGAUGGCUCAAAUGACGACGAAGAGGAGGAGGAUGAUGAUGAUGAUGAUGAGGAGGAUGUGACCAGCAGUUCAGACAGUGAUCAGGAAGAGAAUAAAGUUAGAUCCAGACGUCUCCCAGCCCGAAGACCGCAGACCAAAACAGCAGCAGCUAAAAAGCAGCAACCACAGAAGACCAAGAAGGUGAAAAAGCAGGAGUCAUCUGAUGAUGAGGAGGAAGAGGAUGACGAUGAGGACGAUGAGGAUGAAGACACGCCGAAGAGGCAGACUCGGCGGAGAGCGGCUACGAAAGUCAGCUACAAGGAAGAUCAGAAUGAUUUUGAGACGGACUCUGAUGACCUCAUCGAGAUGGUGGGUGAGGGGGCGGAGGAGCAGCAGGAUGAUGACAGUGAGAUGAUAGAGAAAGUCAUGGACACCAGAACUGGGAAGAAAGGAGCCAACGGGGCGGCGACCACACAGUACGCUGUGGAGGCUGGUGGGGACCCAGGGGCCGGGUUUGACCCAGAGAAGGACGAGGGAGAAACCCAGUACCUGAUCAAGUGGAAGGGCUGGUCCUACAUCCACAACACCUGGGAGAGCAUGGACUCUCUCACUCUGCAGAAGGUCAAGGGCCUGAAGAAGCUGGAGAACUUCAAGAAGAAGAAUGAUGAGCUCAAUCUGUGGAUGUCAAAAGCUUCCCCUGAGGAUCUGGAGUACUACAACUGUCAGCAGGAACUGACCUCAGACCUCAAUAAACAGUUCCAGAUUGUAGAGAGAGUCAUAGCCACAAAGACAGGGAAGACACAGGGACCAUCUGAUUUCCCUGUGACACACAGUCAUAAGACGACGCCUUCUUCCAACGAGCCGGAGUACCUGUGCAAGUGGAUGGGCCUGCCCUACGCAGAGUGUAGCUGGGAGGAUGGAGCUCUCAUCGGCAAGAAGUUCCAGCACUGUAUCGACAACUUCAGCCACCGCAAUAAUAGCAAAACCAUCCCUUCCAAAGACUGCAAAGUUUUGAAGCAGAGGCCGAGGUUUGUCACCCUGAAGAAGCAGCCAUCUUACAUUGGAGGGGAGAAUCUGGAGCUGCGAGAUUAUCAGCUGGCUGGCCUGAACUGGCUCGCUCACUCCUGGUGCAGGUGUAACAGCGUCAUCCUGGCUGACGAGAUGGGCCUGGGGAAGACCAUCCAGACCAUCUCCUUUCUGUCCUACCUGUUUCACCAGCACCAGCUUUAUGGGCCCUUCCUGCUGGUGGUGCCCUGUCCACUCUCACCUCCUGGCAGAGGGAGUUCGACAUCUGGGCCCCCGACAUGA